CUGAUGAGACAUUAGUCAGUAGGUGAUUCGAAGUGUGUGCUUAUGUAAUUUCAUUUUAUUUAGUUUGAAGAUAAUAGAAAAGUAAGUAAUAAAUUAUUUAUUACAGUUUGUUCACAGUAUUAUUCACAUAUUAUAAUUUUAGGAAAAUUUUAUAGCUAUAAUCAUUUUUCAACUUUAUCUUUAUUUUUAUCGUUAUCACUAUUCGUAUUCUUAUUUACAUCAGUUUUUUUUUUUUGUAUUAUCUUAUAUAUGAAUUGUGAUUGAGUCGCUGAUUGAGUUGAUCGUAAUCGAUGCAUAUAAAAGAUACUCUUUUCUAAUGAAGUAAAAUUAUAAAUGAAUGAUUUUGAUCAAUAUUAAUCGAAUGUAUAUCCCAGAAUUUUUAAAUUUGAUUUUCUGAAAAAUGGAGUUUUAAAAGAAAAAAUGUUAAUGUUUCUUCGAUUUAUUUUUCUAUGGAAUCAUCCAGCUACUUGUACGAUUAUUUUAGGGAUAUUAGUAAUAAACUACAUAUAUUAGAUAAUACUUUAAUAACUUUUCUAAUCAAUUUAUUACCAAGAGUUAAUUUAAAAAUAUUAAGGAUAAAAUGUAGAACAAACAAACUAAGCAAUGAAAAUAUUAUCGAUUGUAAAAAAAAAUUAUUUUCAGCGGAAAUUAUAAAAGUUUACAUUGUUCAACAACAUGUUCUUUACAAAAUUCUUAAUCGUCGCGUGGCUCUUUCACGUACAAUCUACGAUAGCACUGGAGAGUGAUGAAACAAACAAUGUUAAUGCAUGUAACUUGCCGCAAAGUCUUAUAAAAGAAAUAGACUCGUAUGAGCCCUUUGUUCAUGCUAUAAUAAACGAGACUUUACAUGGCUCCUUCAAAGGAAUCACCUGGAAUGAAUUAGCUUAUUUCGUUGAUACAUUUGGUCCGAGAUUUACUGGUACUACAGUACUAGAGCGUUCCAUCGACUAUGUGUUAAAUAAAUCUAUGGAGUUUGGAUUGGAGAAUGUCCAUGGAGAAUCCGUUAGUGUGCCACAUUGGGUUAGAGGAAAAGAAUCAGCGACACUUCUGAAACCAAGACAUAAAAAUAUUGCUCUCUUGGGGUUAGGCACCAGUGUCGGGACUCCACCUGAAGGAAUAACCGCAAAGGUUAUCGUCGUGGACAGUUUCGAAGAACUUGAGGACAGAAAGCAUGAAGUACCAGGAAAAAUAGUCGUGUUUAAUGAAAAAUAUAUUUCGUAUGGUGAAACAGUAAAGUAUAGAAGCAAAGGAGCAACAGAAGCAUCAAAAUAUGGUGCUGUUGCCGCUUUAAUUAGAUCAGUUACUCCAUAUUCUUUAUAUACUCCGCAUACGGGAAUGCAAAGAUACGACGAGAAUGUGAGUAAAAUUCCGGUAGCUUGUAUCACCGCUGAAGAUGCCAGCCUGUUCAGAAGGAUGUCUGAUAGAGGUACAGUACUGGAAAUAAAUUUAAAAAUGCAAGCGAAAAAUUUGCCGAACAAAGUAUCACGAAAUGUAAUAGCUGAAUUGAAAGGCUCUAAGACACCAGAGAAAGUUGUAGUCAUAUCUGGUCACAUCGAUAGUUGGGACGUUGGUCAGGGCGCAAUGGACGAUGGCGGCGGUGCAUUUAUUUCAAUGAUCAUGUGGACGGGUGAAGAAGUUGGAAUUGUAGGAGCUAAUCAUUAUAUCAAGAAUCACAAGAGUGAAGAAAAGAAUUUACAGUUUGUGCUAGAAUCGGAUUCGGGCACGUUCAUGCCAUUAGGUUUCCAAGUUACCGGGACAGAAGAAGUUAAAUGCAUUUUAGAAAGGAUCAUGAAAUUGUUUUCAAUUGUGGGAAAUUUGACGAUUCGCAGUCCCAGCGGUGGGCCUGAUAUCGCUUCUUGGGUAAAUGCAGGUGUACCAGGAGGUUCUUUUUGGAGUCAAGAUGAAACAUACUUUAAUUACCAUCAUACAAAUGCAGAUACUAUGUUGGUUGAAAAUCCACAAGCUCUCGACAAGGGGACAGCUCUAUUUGCAGCACUAUCCUAUGUACUUGCCGAACUCAGCGUCGAUCUUCCACAUCAUAAAUGACGGUAUUAUUAAUAUCAAUAACAAUUACAAGAAUCUAAAGCACUUGAAAAUUAUCUAUAUUAAUGUUUAAGAAUUUAUAUAUUCGAUUUAUAUAUUCUUAUUUAUAUAUUCUUAGGAAAUGUAGAACAUGAAAGGAAUAUUUUAAAUAUGUUAAUUACAAAAUCAUUAACUCCUUAUCCUGAUUUCCAUUAUACGGUAAUUUGUUAAAUAAUAAUAUUAGUGACUCGAAGAAGCGGCAAAUUGUA